AUGGCCAAUAUCUCCAAGGGGUUUAAGAAGACCAGCUCCAAUGGAAAGCUCUCCAUCUACCUGGGGAAACGGGACUUUGUGGACCACGUGGACAUGGUGGAACCCAUCGAUGGUGUAGUCCUGGUUGAUCCUGAUUACAUAAAAGGUCGAAAGAUGUUUGUCACAUUGACAUGUGCCUUUCGCUAUGGCCAUGAUGACUUGGAUGUGAUUGGUCUGACAUUCCGCAAAGAUUUGCAUGUACAGGCCCAGCAAGUGGUCCCAACUGAACCCACUAGCCCCAAGAGGCCCCUCACAUUCCUACAGGAGCAACUUCUACACAAGCUUGGGGACAACACCUACCCCUUUACCCUGCAGAUGGCUACCAACUUGCCCUGUUCAGUGACACUGCAACCAGGUCCUGAAGAUGUAGGAAAGGCCUGCAGGAUUGACUUUGAAGUGAAGGACUUCUGUGCUGCAAGCAUCGAGGAGAAAAUCCCCAAAAGAGACUCUGUGAGGCUGGUUAUUCGGAAAGUACAAUUUGCAUCCCUGGAGCCAGGCCCUGGCCCCUGGCCCCAGACUAUCCACCACUUCCUUCUGUCACCUCAGCCCCUACAACUCCAGGCCUGGAUGGACAGGGAAGUUCACUACCAUGAUGAAUCCACCUCUGUCAAUGUUUCCAUCAACAACUGUACCAGCAAGGUCAUUAGAAAAAUCAAGAUUUCAGUUGACCAGAUCACAGAUGUUGUCCUGUAUUCACUAGACAAGUACACCAAAACUGUGUUCAUUCAGGAGUUCAUGGAGACUAUAGCUGCUAACUCCAGCUUCUCCUAGAGCUUUGCAGUAACCCCACUCCUGGCUUCUAGCUGACAGAAACAGAGACUAGCACUGGAUGGCAAACUCAAGCAUGAAGAUACCAACCUGGCCUCUUCCUCCAGUCUUCAACCAGGAAUGAACAAGGAGUUGCUGGGGAUCCUGGUGUCCUACAAAGUAGUCAACCUGAUGGUGUCCUGUGGGGGCAUCCUAGGAGACCUGACAGCCAGUUAUGUUGGUGUAGAGCUGCCCCAGAUCCUGAUCCAUCCUAAACCAUCUCAUGGUGAGUGAUCAGGUGUAACUCACAUGAAUGAGGAGUUCGCACAGCAGGAGCCUGGCCAGGAGGAAAGCCAGAAGGCUUUGGAGGUGGAGGGAAAUGAGGGGAGCUAAGUGUUUUGCUCUGGUGCCCCUGUGUGGGAGUCCCCGUUGUAAAGUUCUAAUAAAUUAGCUUGUCCACAUAUGCCUAGUGAUCUCAUUGAUAUUUCCUUGUCCCAGAAAAUAAUAAAACUACUGAGAAUGAUCUUCCCUGCCCCCAUGCCCUCACCAUGAUUAUAUUAUCCUUAGAAUACAUGUUCUUUUCCCACGUGGACCUAGACUUCUCUUCCACACGGUCACCAGUCCUUCACGGAUCCUUUGGCUUUCUUUCUGUCCCAGGCCAUCCCUGUCUCCACCCCAUCACCCCACUCCAGUACUUGAUUGCCCCAAGUAUGAGGAGCCCUGGAUGGGAAGCCAACAGUUGCAAGUUGCCCUUGGGGAGAGUGCAGUGUGACACCAGUGCUGCCCCCUGCUUGCUUUUCCUAAUGUAUGUGCCUUCAGUCUCUUGGAGGUCCAGAGCAAGGUCUGAGGCUUUGAGGCUUAGGCCUGGAGGCUGAGGAGGGACCUAAAUACCAGGCUGUGUGCAAAUUCAAGCUCUUAUACCUGGGAGAGCAGAGUGGUGUAGGACUGGAUUAGGCUUUGGGCAUAGCAAGGUGAAUGGUAUGGAUUGGACUGCAGUAUUCUUUGGAGAAGUCUCUGGAGUUUCUCCUCCUUGAGAAAGAGUGUGUACGUGGAGUGGGAAGUGUUCAUGGAGACUAUUGAGGGGAGAAAGGGUGCCCAGGGCAAUGGUUGGCCUACUUAUCGCCAUCACAGUAGGAAAAAUGUUGAUAAUCACCUACUACAUGUACAACAUCCUUGACUAUAACUACUAGAUGAUUCCACCACCAAGAAAUCACUUGGUACAUUUUUGCCCCUUUCCUUGGCUGUCUCCCCCAGGAUUCUUCUCCUCAAAGUUAUCCAUUAUAAGUUAAAUGUUCCUGUUGAUAGCUUACAUAGGGGUGUCCAACCAGCAGCCUGUGCGCCAUAUGCUGACUUUGGGAGGACUUUGUUUAUCUGUGGUGGUAGGUAUCAUGAAAAGUAUGCAUGGACUAUUUUUUUGUUUGUUUGCUUGUUUUUUGCUAAUCAGCUUUUGUUAGUGUUUGUGUAUUUAAUGUGUGGCCCAAGACAACUUUUAUUCUUCCAAUGUGUAGCAGAGAAAAAAAAGUUUGGACACCCCUAUAGGCUAUCUCUUUGCCUAACUUGAUAGAUUUAUUGAGUUUGGGCUUUUCAUACCAAUCCUUUUCUGCCCCUAGGUUUAUGGUUUAAAUACUUGGCUACUUACUCUCUUCCAAUUCCUGGGCUUAGGAAUAAAACAGAACCCCUGAAAGUCUUAUCAUUUUUCUUGACUGUAUCUCACAGCUAUUGCGUAUAAGCUUUUAGCAGUAACCAGGAAUUUCAUCUUACCUUCUCUGAUGGCUAAAAGACAUCUGUACAGAAUGUAGUUUUACAGCAACUGAGAUACCUCCAAGGCCAAAACAAUUUAUUCUCCACUAUUUUUUUUUACUUACACGCUCAAUAAAUGACUGGUCCUUUAGCCUCAGCCUAGUUUUGCUUGCACCUUCUCCAUAUUACACCUAUACUUCUACAAUGCAAUUGCCUCAUGCUAGUGCCUUAACAGAACCAUUCCAAGUACCUCAAUGUGAGAACAGAUUUAGGGCAGGAGGGUUAUUGCCUCUCAGGCCCAUGGCACCUGACUAGGAUCUUUUACUGGGUUUACCACACUUCUUAGAUGAAGUUGUUUUAAAAUCUGUUAACCACAGGGAGUCUUAGACUUUAACAUUUAGCCAAUAUGCCUCUAUUUUCUUUCUCAGAUGGCCACUGGGAGGCAGCAGAGCAAACAAGAACAUAACAGAUUUCCCAGGGCUUGGAGCCAGAGGCUUAAGUGGCUGCGGCGGCGCCAGCCACAUACACUGGAGCUGGUGGUGUCGAAUCCAGCCCAGGCCUGCCAAACAAUGACAACUCCAACCAAAAAGUGGCCGGGCAUUGUGGCGGGUGCUUGUAGUCCCAGCUACUUGAGAGGCUGAGGCAAGAGAAUCACUUAAGCCUAAGAGUUGGAGGUUGCUGUGAGCUGUGAUGCUACAGCACUCUACCCAGGGUGACACAGUGAGACUCUAUUUCAAAAAAAAAAAAAAUUGAUUUCCUAGGAAUUAAUUUCCCAAAUUAAUUCUACCUCAAGUUCUGCUCUCAAGGGAUGUUGCUACCUAACAAUGGCACUGAGCUUCUAUAGCUCAGUAGAGCUGGGGUGGGAUAUAUAGGAAGAGCCGUAACUUUCUCAUAAAGAUAUAUUCCUACUAUCUAGAAUAGUAUUUCCUAUUUUUGAAGGCUUAUUUACUUUGCUUACUUAAAUAUCUAGAUUUCCAGGCUCCACCUCUGACUAACAGAAUCACUCUCUAGAGCAGGGGUCCUCAAACUGCGACCAGCGGGCCACAUGAGAUGGUAUGAUUGUAUUUGCUCCCAUUUUGUUUUUUUUACUUCAAAAGAAGAUAUGUGCAGUGUGCAUAGGAAUUUGUUCAUAGUUUUGUUUUUUUUAAACUAUAGUCCGGCCCUCCAACGGUCUGAGGGACAGUGAAUUGGCCCCCUGUUUAAAAAGUCUGAGGAUGCCUGCUCUAGAGAACGGCCUAGAAAUACAUAUUUAAGCUUCCCAGGAUUCUUGUGAGGCAAAUUUUUGGCCUUCAUCAUAGGGGCACUUCACCCCCUACCUCACUAGAAAACUUUUCACACUGAAUGGGUAUUUUGAACAUGCCAAUGGAAAUGGCAUAAAUAUGAUCUGGAAUCUCUAACGAUGGAUUGGUAACUAAACAUCUUAGAACAUGGCAGAAAAUUAUUUGGGACUGGAGUGAAGAAACGAGAGAAAUCGGCAGUUAGUACUAUUUCAACCUACAAGUUAGAAACUGGGAACCAAUUUCUUACUGUUGCCUCUGAAGAGACACGUAUCCAAGCCCCUUCCUUGGUUUGUGUUCCAGAUCAAAGAAUCUGGGAAAGAAGAGAGAAUUAUAUUAAUACUAUUUCCUGCAGAGAAAUGUUCAAAUCUCCUAGGGAAAAGGGCACUGUUUCUUCCAGUACCCUUCACCCUAUGCCAUUCCUGUGGCUGAGUUUCCUGGUUCUCC